UUUACCGCAUAAAAUAAUUUGCAUAAACUUGUAAUUUUAGCAAUUCUUGUCCCCAUAUUGAGCAAAAAAGGUCAGUUAGACUUAUGGCCUCGUAAAGAAGACACCGAAACCUGCACGAUUUACUGAGAAACUCAUUUUCGUCCUGGAUUGAGGCGGUAUGGGUUGCUGUGGCAAGAAAACGGGGGCCAACGAUGGCGAAGAUGUCGAAAUGAAGGAAACUUCAAAAUGGGGCAAACCAAACUCCUUUGACCCUAGCUUCAAUGGACCAAUCAAAAACAGGAGUUGCACAGAUAUUCCCUGCUGUAUUUUAUUUGUUCUGUAUGUCCUUGGGAUGGUGGCCCUUGGUAUCGCAGCAUAUACCAUGGGCAACCCCUACAAACUUCUAAAUUCAGUUGACUCCUAUGGAAACAUCUGUGGCUAUGACACAGGCUUUGUCGACAAGCCAAAGCUGGUGUUCUUUGACUUGACUGAGUGUAUCAACCCCACAGCUCUGUCUACUCAGUUGUUCUCAUACUCCUGUCCAACCAAACAGAUUUGCCGGCCGAGCUGUCCUGAUAUAAAUGCUCUUGGCUAUAAUGUGAAUGCCAGCCAGAUGGUGUGUGAUUAUGAUGUCAACCCUACAGGACUUACUAUACUGGAAAAGAUGGAACUCAUUAAACAGAAGAAGUGUGCUCCAUACUAUCUGAAAAGCACAGAUGUUCUUAAUCGAUGUGUCCCAACUAUUGUGAACAAUCAACUUGGAAAUCUCUUGGAGACGAACCAGGCCACAGGGCAGAACAUCACUGCAAAACAAGUAGAGGAUGGAUCACUAAUGGUUCAAGCCAUGCUCAAUCUGCAAAACCUUGGGCAAAAGGUUAUUCAAGAUGUCCAAGAGAGCUGGUAUGCAAUUUUGGGUGGUCUUGGCAUUGCGAUGGUUGCAUCAUUUAUUUACAUCUUGGUUAUGAGAUGGAUUGCUGGGCUGCUUGUAUGGAUAACAACAUAUGCAGUGCUGACUCUACUUGGCUUUGGCAUCUACUACUGUUGGACCACUUACACCAAGCUUCGGGAUGGAGCCACUUAUGACAGCAGUAUCUCAAUGAUCGGGGGACUUGACUCCUACACAAAUAGCAAAGAAACUUGGUACUAUCUCACAAUUAUCCUGGGCGUUAUCCUCGGCAUCCUUGUACUGAUCCUCCUCGCCCUACGCAAGAGAAUCCAAAUUGCCAUCGCUCUGAUCAAAGAGUCCAGCCGCGCCAUCACCAACAUAGUGUUCACCCUGUUCUUUCCGUUCAUCCCGUGGAUUUUGCAGCUGAUUCUGUUUGGAUGGUUUGUCUCUGUGUUGGUUUUCCUGGUGACAUCAGGAGCUACUGUCUACAAAAAUGUGGAUGGCAACGGAACCACAGGCUCUACCUGCUCGACACCAGGCAUUGUGACACAGACAGGAGUCAGCAGUAACAUCACAUGCCAAUAUAUCAACUUCGCAGACAAUGAUCACGUGUUCCGCAUGCAAGUGUACCACUUGUUCGGAUGGUUUUGGAUCAUGAACUUCAUCAUCGCCCUUGGCCAGUGUGUUCUUGCAGGCGCCUUCGCCUCCUACUACUGGGCCUUUGACAAGAAAAACGACAUACCCACAUUUCCAGUUGCUGCGUCAUUCUACCGCACUUUAAGGUAUCACACGGGGUCGCUAGCUUUCGGCUCUCUCAUCAUCGCUAUCGUUCAACUCAUCCGCGCCGCCCUAGAGUAUCUGGACCAUAAGCUCAGAGGUCAGCCUGGACAGCAGAGUGAAAUAGCCAAGUAUCUGAUGAAGUGCCUCAAGUGCUGUUUCUGGUGUCUGGAGAAAUUUCUCAAGUUUUUGAACAAGAAUGCAUACAUCGAGAUCGCUGUUUAUGGCAAAAACUUCUGCGUCUCUGCCAAGAACGCUUUUUUCCUGUUAAUGAGGAACAUACUCAGAGUUGUGGUAAUCGACAAAGUCACCGACUUCUUGCUCUUUAUCGGACAACUAUCAAUCACUCUUGGUGUCGGGGUCGGGGCGUUCUACUGGUUUGAGAGACAGAAGAAUCUCAACUACUACCUCGCGCCCGUCUUUAUAAUCGUCAUUGGCUCAUAUGUGAUUGCCUCCGCCUUCUUCAACGUCUACAACAUGGCCAUCGACACAGUCUUCCUCUGCUUCUUGGAAGACCUGGAGAGAAAUGACGGCUCGGACACAAAACCGUAUUACAUGUCCAAGCGUCUGAAGAAGAUCAUGGGCAAGAAGAACAAAAAGAACAGUGACGAGGAGGAGGACUAGGGCUAGCUAGCUACUUGGCAAGGGAGGGGUUGGGAUGAGAUAUGGGCAAGAAGAACAGUGAUGAGGAGGAGGACUAGGGCUAGCUAGCUACUUGGCAAGGGAGGGGUGGGGGUGAGAUAUGGACAAGAAUAACAGUGAUAAGGAGGAGGACUAGGACUAGCUAGCUACUUGGCAAGGGAGGGGUGGGGGUGAGAUAUGGGCAAGAACAACAUUGAUGAGGAGGAGUACUAGGGCUAGCUUACAGCUUGUCAGGGAAACGCAGUGGUGAUUAGCAAAGGUUUUUAUUUUUGUACAAUUUGAAAGAGAAGUUUCUUUGGAAUGCCUUUUUGGUUAGGGAAAUAUAAAUUCGAUGUUUUACUCAGUCGUAAUAAUAUUUAUAGAUGUACGCGUGUUGUAUCCUCACAAGUCUAGAGGAUAGGUUUAUUGUACCGCCCUAUCCACUGCACACUUGAUAUAGUUCGCCAUGCCCCAACAGUGUGUUUACAUGCAGUAUCUACCUACGCGUAGUAAAUUUCGUACUGUCAAUUAGUUGUAGAGUAUUUUUACAAGCAUGCUUCAGUGUUUGAUAUUUUUGUCAUUUUAUGAAUUUUAUGGAUAAAGAACAGACGAAAUAUGCUUAUAAUAUAUAUACCUGUUAUCAUGUAUUUGUCAUAGCACAAGAGAUAAUAAAGAUAGCCAAUCUUACAGAAA